UGAUCACGUGCGUAACUCCAUUAUGAUUGGCUAAUAUCAGAAUACGAGCAAUCUGAUUGGCUAAUAUAACAAAACCCUCUUAUUAUGAAACUGGACACCUGGAGAAAAAAAUCCCACAAAUAUAUUUUUCUUUCGCGGUAAACAACUUUUCUCUUCUAUAAAAGCAAAAAUAAAACCGCUAUGGUUAAACGGAAAAGAGUAAAAACAUCUACUGCAGCUAAAACAAAGGCUAAUGACAAAGACAAGGCCGUAAAGUCUACGAACUCGGAAGAAACGAGCAGUACAAAUGCGAAUAUUUCGGGCUUACAAGAACGUCAAGAAGGACAUGUAGAUGGCAGCCCGUCAGCUACAAAGAAACCAAAACUCGAUUCAAGUCAGUCACCAAGUGCAAAUAAGUCCAAAAGAUAUGUACCAUUUUUCACAGCAUCACAAAGAGUUAGUAACCGGUUACGAAACAGAAUAAGCAGCGAAAAAUCCGAGGGCAACUCAGGUAGUCAAGAAUCAAAAAUUAUUGAAGGUCUUGUGGGUGAAAGUAAAGAUGUCUGCAAAAGUAAACAGGGGAAAGGAAAUUCGCAGGAAAAAAGCCUAAAAGAAACCUCUGCAAUGGUUUUACAAUCAAAUGAAGAAGAUGCAGUACGAAAAAUUUAUGCUAUAUUUAAUACUAUGUUAUAAAUAUUGCAAUUAAUACAUGGUAAAUUCUAUCUAUUUGCCAUGAAAUAAAUGACUACUAUGCAGUGAAUAUAAAUGUUGGUUGGCCAUCGUCGGCUCGGUAUGACAGCAUAUAGUGAAACCCACCCGUGCCCAGAGGGACAUGCUGGGGGGGGGGAGGGGUAUGGCACAAAUGGGACCAUAGGUGGGACUUAACAAAAAGAUGUACUCUGUUAUUGGGUUAUUUGACCAAUGUAUUGUCCCAGGGCCUAAGUAGAUCCUUACCUCUUGGGAAACCCUUCCUAGUCUCACAAACAGAUUUAGUAGUCUGAGGACGACUCGCAAGAGUGCUUGAAAUGUCAAACCCCAUAUGAUAAAGCUGCACUGUUCUGAAAGUUUGAAGAAGUUGUCUAAGUUUGACCAAUGUUAUCAACUGUUGUUUCUAGAUAUCUGUAUGUUACCUAUAUGUUUAAAGGGCCCGCAGUAAUUGGUUUUAACUGUUGUGGUGUCCCCGCCAUUCGUCACUUGUAUAAUUUUGUAUUUGUAUUGUAUGCAUGUCAUUCGUGUAAUUUUACCUGGGGAAGUUGAAUAAAUAAAUAAAUAAAUAAGAAAGACUUCUUUCAUACUUUCUCUCUUAUCUGCCAUCCUCAAUUAUGGGGCUUCGGUGGGGAAGUGGUUAGCGCACUUGCCUUUCACCUCUGAGGUUGCAGGUUCAAGCCUCAGUGAGAACUUUCUCAAUGCGACUCGAACCCAGUCCUCAUGUGAAAAGAGCAAAAGUCAACACUCAGCCAAAAAUCGUGGGUUUCUCCGGGUACUCCGGUUUCCUCCCACAGGGAGAGUUGACAGGGUGGGUUAGGUAAAAGGGCCCACAGUAAUUGGCAUAUAUGCUGUUGUGAUGAACCCGACCUAGUUGGCAAAGCGAAAUAAAUAAAUUGAAUAAAAUUAGCCACAUAAGCAAACUUAAAAGUUCAUAAAAUCAUAUCUUCCCUUCUCACACACAGCUGGGAGCUGCUGCAGCAUCAGCCGCAAGCUUGACAUACAUUACAAUUGCUCGCUACAUAAUUACUAUAACAAGUACAUAUACCCAAUCCAAAACCGUUCUGUUCCCCUACUCUCUACUAAUAAACAUAAAAGGGCUGGGUGGGUGGGAUACUGUCAAGCUACGUUGAGCAACAACAAAAAUAUGCUGAAAUAACCUGCACCACCCUGUAACACCCUGAUUUCAUCAGGCCCCCAGCAGUGUGUGAGAAAACAUUUUCCGCUUCUUUCGUGCCUCAGCCAGCGGAAAAUAACACUUUUUGUGCCUGCAAGCAAAAUUUAUAACUUGCCCUAUAAAACAUACCGGUACACAGUGGGUAGUAUUCAUUCACUACAUCAUGUUGGGCUAUCGUUUUAGGACGAAAUGCCUUCCCAUGUAUCAGUUAACACAAAACAAAGUGAUGUUGAGAUGAAAGUUAAGAACAAGGAAGGUAAAGUAUUUUUACUUUGAAUUUGCCCCCCAAAAAAUAAAAUUAAAAAGACAUGCUUACGAAAUUAAUACAUUAAACAAGACCAUGGGACCGUGCAUAAAAUACACAAAAGGUAUAAUAUUACGAGAGAAAACAAUAGAACUUGGUUUUCUUUUAUAUUCACAGAAAAGGACUCCGAAAAAUACACAAACGAAGAUGUUCCUAGUGAAAAUAUGUCAGAAACAACACAGAAACAGACUGGCAUUGAAAUCCAGGGUGUUGAAAGUACAACGAACAAACCUGAAGAUGAAAAUACUGCAACACAUCAAGAAAUUCGAGACCAAGGUGGUCAGGACGUGCUCCAACAAGUUCUAAAACUUUCUGAUUUAACGCAACAAUCCUGUGACAAAAUUGAAACAAAUAGAAGAAGCAAGGAAAAAAAAAGAAUGGCGAAAAAUGUGAGUCCUCACAAAAGUGAACGUUCGAAAGAAAGUAUGGUGAACAAGUUUGAAACCAGUACAGUCAUUGUUGGACAGAUGAAUGAUGUGACACGACUAAGCAAUAUUGUAGCGCGAGUAAGCGAUUUUGAUGCAUUAGGCUUGCAGACUUUAGCAGACACCUGUGCAGUGGUAUCAGCUGUAGAACACGUGGUAUCAGUUGCAAAAGAACCUGGCAAGAGUGAUAGUUCUCAAAACAAACUGCAGACUGAGGCAGAAAGGGAAACGAAGGGGAUGCGUGGAGAGAGAAGAGAUAAUGAAAACGACAACAACAACAACAACUCGCAACAUUUGGCUGAAGAAAAUAUCCCUAACAAAAACAAUUACGUGAUUCCAGAAAAACAACAAGACGCAAUUGCCGAUGUGAUUAUGAGUAGCCUAAGCAAACCGACUACUUUGUGUGAGGAAGGAACCACCGAUAACUUGGUUAUUCGAACUAUACCAUCAAGUGAAAUUGACGGCAGAAAGGCUCAGAAUAAUGUUAUGGCUAUGCUAAAUGAAACCAUGGACACAUCUAGUUCUCCUCGGCCGGCCUCUUCUCAAGAAAUUAUUAAAGAUAAACUAUCGGAGAUGUUAUCAUUGGUUACUGAAAAUGAAUCGAACAGGCUACCUUUGUCCCAGACUAAAUCUGACCGUAACACUAAUGCAACUACGAUGAUUGAGAACACUGAUAAGGAUGGCCCAGUUGAAGCAGGUGUUACAGACACCGAGAUUCUGUCAAUUGAGAGUGCUGACAAGCGUAAGUCUGACGGUCCACAAGAAAGAGUUUCAAACAGCUUUGUCAACAGCCAUAAGAACUCGCAUAAUUUAGCCAAGACAGAAAAUAUUGAAAUAAAACAACGUGGGAUGAUGUCAGUUGAUGAUGAAUGCUAUCCGGCUAUCAUUGAAAAGGAGGAGGAUGCCGGGAAUAGACAAGUCUCCGCAGACGUAAACUGCGGUAAGAACUCACAGAAGGCAACAGCAACAGUGGAGGUUACAGGGAAUAAAGACCUCUCUUCUCAAGAGACAAGUGAAAGAGUUGAAGAUUUUAUCAGCAAGAGUAUAGAUUUUCAUGAUCAAGAAGUUCCUGAUAAAGUGGCAACAUCUCCUGAGCAGGAAGUUCCAGAUAAAAUGGUUUCAUCUCCACCAUCACGUAAAGAAAAAUAUAUUUCUGUUAUUCUGAAGGUAUGGGUUAAUAUUUUACUUUUAUUUAUAAAGGAUGGGUAGUUUAGUCAAAUUGUGUUGUUCUUCGAUCCGCAACGCGAAUUUUACAUCAGUACAAUGAUAAAUAAUACAAUGAUAAUUUUUUUAUCUUACAACAAGAACAAUGCAGAAACUUUCAACCACGACGAAGUACAAUCUUCUAUAUUAACAUCAAAUGAAAAUUCAGCAACCGAUAUUUCUCAUAACGAAAGUAAGAAAGUGGAGACAACAGAAGAAAAAGUGGACAUUACAACACCCAACAAUACUAUUGAUGAACAGUCUUAUACCGAAGAGUUCAAAGCGUUGGAAGAACUACUACCCAGAGAUGACAUGGGUCUAUUUGAUGAUGUCAUGAUGAGCAAACCUAUCAAGUAAAUGUAAAAAGUUUCUUUGUGGGCCUGGGAGAAAGUGGAUUAUCUCGGGAUCCUGAGGACUUUUGCCUAAUAGCAAGAAAAUUGACGAAUAUUUUCAAUUUUUGUAUAUACUUAAUAUAUUUCUAUUUUAUAUAUUUUAAUUUUUAUAUCGUACUUCCUUUAUCAUUGAUUUCUGAAUAUGAAGUGUUGUAAUAAUUUGAUGUAAUAUACGGUCAAAUUUUGCAUUUUUGAGGAACAUUUGAAAAAGGCAAAUUCACGAUCUGGUGAACAGUAAACACUUUUUCCAUUUUCUUUCAUAAUGGUAACUUCAAAAAUCUUGACAUUUAUAGGAACAAGUAAAAUUGAGCUGAAUUAUUUUUAUAUUGGCCAUCAAAUAAGAGCCACAUGUGAUGAAAAUCUGUUAACUGCUGGUUAACCAGUCCUCUAUCUGCUGCACUUUACUCAGUGCUUAAUGAAACCAAUGGUCCAUUGAAAUUGUUAGAAAAUGUCCGCUUUAACUUACUAAUCCUAACCUAUUUUUUCUAGUGCGAAUAACGAGCUACCUAGUGGAGACAGUACGGUCGAAUUUUUAAUCAACGAGCUCAACUCUCUUCAGUAAGUGUUACAUUCAUAGCCAAUGUUGGGAGUUAUAACUUGUGUCUGGUGGUGUAGUCAUUGCAUUGUUAUUUUCUUUUAUAGUUGUAUGGUUGCGAAUUAUGAGCGAGCUGUGGAAGACAUGAAGAGACCGUACAAGUCCACUGCGAGGUUUUGACGUCCACUUGGGCUUUCAGUGAACAUCGGACAUGUUUUAAAAUGAAAAAAAUAGUUUGUAGUUUUACUGCCAGUAAUUGACUAAUUGGUUUACCAUUUCGUUUGUUAACAUGUUUAUAUUGUUUUAGGGACAUAUUGACUAUAAUAUGCGUAUUCUAUAUCAAUACUCAAACUCAAUAAUGUUGGUUGGAUAUAUAAAUAUGUUGAUUUUGUUAUUUAUUUAUUUUAAAAGUUCAAAUUUUUGUUAGGCC